CCGCCAUGGCGGAGCCCCCCGCUCCUCCCGCCUCAGCCGGCGCCGGCGUCUCCCAGCGGCUGCUCUUCACUCACGACCUGGUCUCGGGCCGCUACCGGGGCUCGGUGCGCUUCGGCCUGGUGCGCGUCAUGCACGGCGAGGACUCCGACUCGGAGGAGGACGAGGGCGGACGAGGCCCCGGCGGCGGGGGAGGCGGCGGCAGUGGCGGGCCCGGCGUGGGCAGCUCGGGCGGCUCCGAGUCCGGGGGCCCCUGCGCGGGAGAGGAGGGCCGCGGCAGCACCCUUCGGCGGGGCUACGUGCGGGUCCAGUGGUACCCCGAGGGCAUCAAGCAGCACGUCAAGGAGACCAAGCUAAAACUUGAAGAUCGGUCAGUGGUGCCUCGGGAUGUCGUCAGGCAUAUGGGUUCACGGGACAGCCAGUGUGGGACAGUCGUUGAUGUAAAUAUAGAGUGUGCAGUAAAACUGGUGGGAACCAACUGUAUCCUUUAUCCCGUCAACAGCAAAGACCUUCAGAAUAUCUGGCCAUUCAUGUAUGGUGACUGCAUAGCCUAUGACUGGUGGCUGGGAAAAGUGUACGAUUUAAAGAACCAGAUCAUUCUGAAGCUCUCCAAUGGAGCCAGGUGUUCCAUGAGUACAGAAGAUGCAGCAAAACUCUAUGAUGUCUGUCCUCAUGUUAGCGACUCGGGGCUCUUCUUCGAUGACUCGUAUGGCUUUUAUCCUGGACAAGUUCUGAUUGGUCCCUCAAAAGUUUUCUCAAAUGUGCAGUGGCUUUCAGGAGUGAAGCCUGUUCUCAGCACAAAAAGCAAGUUCCGGGUGGUGGUAGAAGAGGUUCAGGUGGUAGAAUUAAAAGUUACUUGGAUCACGAAAAGCUUCUGCCCUGGAGGUACAGAUAGUAUAAGUCCGCCACCAUCUGUAAUCACACAAGAGAAUUUGUCUAGGGUAAAACGUUUGGGGUGCUUUGACCAUGCUGAGCGGCAGCUUGGGGAAAGGUGUCUCUAUGUAUUUCCUGAGAAAGUGGAGCCUGCGAAAAUCACGUGCGAGUGCCCGGAGAGAAACUGUGUCCUGGGAGAAGGAUCUGUUGCCAAAAAGGUAAGGAGAUUAUUGAAGAAACAGAUAGUGAAGAUUAUGUCAUGCUCUCCGGAUUCUCGGGAUACCGGUGACCUCCCUGAUGCAGAAUCUGCUGCUGCUGGUGACCAACAGUCUGAAGAUCUUAAAGCUAACUUAAAAUGUGAACUUGAAGAUUCUGCCAAUGGUGCUGUACAAGAGAUAAAGGAAGACCAUCUUGGUGAAAUAGGGAAAGGUAUCACCUGUGAAGCUGCUGGACUGCAGUUGCCACCGCCGUUUGUCCUGAAAGGAGAUGACAUGUCAUCAGACUACAAGCUGCAAUCAAUUGAGCAGGAUGCUGAUGAUGAAGCUGCAGACGACACCGAUGACACCAGCUCUGUGACAUCUUCUGCCAGCUCCACAGCCUCUUCUCAAAGCGGCAGUGGCACAGGACGCAAGAAGAGUAUCCCGCUCUCCAUCAAAAACCUCAAGCGGAAACAUAAAAAAAAGAAAACCAAGGUUUCCCGUGAGUUUAAACCAGGUGACAGGGUUGCUGUAGAAGUGGUGACCACAAUGACUUCAGCUGAUGUGAUGUGGCAGGACGGCACCGUGGAGAAAAACAUUCGUUCCAAUGAGCUGUUUCCCGUCCAUCACUUGGAUAACAAUGAGUUUUGCCCUGGGGAUUUUGUGGUGGAUAAAAGAGCACAGAGUUCUCUGGAUCCUGGUAUGUAUGGAGUGGUGCAGUCAGGAGACCAUGUCGCCCGUACCUGUGUGGUGAAAUGGUUCAAGUUGAAACCAAGUGGGGAUGAUGUGGAGCUUGUUGGGGAGGAGGAGGAUGUCAGUGUGUACGAUAUCGCUGAUCACCCGGACUUCCGCUUCCGCACUACCGAUUUUGUGAUCCGCAUCGGCAAUGCUGAGGAUAGUGCUUCGGUCAAUGAAAAUGAGCCUUCAGUGGGACAGGUGGCUCGUGUGGAUUUCAGCAGCAAAGUGGAAGUUGUGUGGGCUGAUAACUCCAGGACCAUUGUUCUGCCACAGCACUUAUACAACAUAGAAUCUGAGAUGGAUGAAGAAACAGAUCUCGAUUCCAUAGAUGGCAGUACGAGUGGUGCCUCCUCAGACGAGUGGGAGGAUGAGAGUGACAGCUGGGAGACGGACAAUGGCCUUAUGGAAGACGACCAUCCAAAAACUGAGGAAGGGGAGCCUGAGGAGCCACCGCCUGUGGAAGAGGUGAAGAAAGUGGAAGAACAAGUGCAAGGUGCCGUGGCAAUGGCAGUUGCAGACCUAGCGGCAGAUAAGUGUGGCAAAGAAGGGACACCCAAAAGUUUCCGAGAGUUGAAGGAGGCCAUUAAGAUCUUGGAGAGCCUGAAGAAUAUGACAGUCGAACAGUUGCUGACAGGCUACCCGACUUCUCCAACAGUAGAGCCUGAGAAGCCCACCCGGGAGAAGAAGUUCCUGGAUGACAUCAAAAAGCUGCAAGAGAAUCUGAAGAAGACUCUUGACAAUGUAGCUAUUGUUGAAGAGGAGAAGAUGGAGGCAAUGGUGGAGGCAGAGAAGAAGGAAGAGAGAGAAGCACAGGCGCAGACCCCAGUGGCAUCAGAGUGGCCAAGUGAGACUCCUGUGCUUUGCCAGCAGAGUGGUGGCAAGCCUGGAGUCACAUUCACCAGUGCCAAGGGAGAAGUGUUCUCUGUGCUGGAGUGUGCUCCAGAUAGUCAUGCCUUUAAGAAAAUGGAAUUCCAACCUCCAGAAGCCAAGAAGUUUUUCAGCACAGUAAGGAAAGAAAUGGCUCUACUAGCAACCUCACUGCCGGAUGGUAUCAUGGUGAAAACGUUUGAAGACAGAAUGGAUCUGUUUUCGGCAUUAGUCAAAGGACCCACACGCACACCAUAUGAAGAUGGCCUCUUCUUAUUUGACAUCCAGCUCCCCAACAUCUACCCAGCUGUCCCCCCUCUCUUCCGCUACCUCUCCCAGUGCAGUGGGAGACUGAACCCCAACUUGUAUGAUAAUGGAAAAGUCUGUGUAAGCCUUCUGGGGACAUGGAUAGGCAAGGGCACAGAGAGGUGGACCAGCAAAUCCAGCCUUCUCCAGGUGCUCAUCUCAAUCCAAGGGCUUAUCCUAGUUAAUGAGCCUUAUUACAAUGAGGCUGGUUUUGACAGUGACCGGGGCUUGCAAGAGGGCUAUGAGAACAGCCGUUGCUACAAUGAGAUGGCCUUGAUCCGUGUGGUGCAGUCCAUGAUGCAGCUGCUGCGCAAGCCAGUGGAAGUCUUUGAACAAGAGAUCUAUGAGCACUUCUGCUGCAAUGGCUGGCGCUUGGUCCACCGUAUUGAGUCCUGGGUGGAGACAAAUGAGCUGGUUGAGAGAAGCCACGACCAAGCUAGUCUGGGGGAUUCCUGUUUUGUGCAUUCAGCAUGCAGCACUCUCCCCGAGAGCCCUGUAGACAGCAUGGGGCCACUGAGCGAGCAAGAGGAGCUAGGGGCAGCUGCAGCAGUUAACCCAUUGCCUGAAGACAGAGAGGAGCUGGAAGACUCCGGUUGUGGAACGUCAACACUUGCUUCUGGUGACAUCCAUCAGUAUUCAGACUCGGAGAGUAUGGGUCAGGCCAGAGCAGCACGCUUUGCCAGAGACCUUACGGAUGAGAGUAAAGGCACUCUGGACUCUGUAUCUCAGCAGCCUAGUGUGAAACCAAAGAAAAGGAGGAAGAGCUACAGGAGCUUCCUUCCUGAAAGGAGUGGCUACCCCGACAUUGGGUUUCCUCUAUUCCCACUCUCCAAGGGGUUCAUAAAGAGCAUCUGUGGUGUCUUGCAGCAGUACCGGGCUGCUCUAGUAGAGGCCAACAUCCUAGAGUGGACAGAAGACAAAUAAAAAGUAUCAGGUGAUAGGGGACAGACAGAUGCACAGAAAAGAAGGGAAGCAGGGAGGAGGAAACUAGCGAAAGUUGUCAACAAUAAAUAGACUGUGUCAUGCUGCACCCAUUCCUCCUUGGCCUGGUUUGUUAUAGAGAAAGCAGAAGAUCCCAUAACUCAUUUUAGGCUGGUUCUUCCCUUCCACAUUCCAGAUGCACAGGACGGUUGAGCAUCUCUGUGUGCACACGCACACACACACACACCCCUGCCAUUGUUCUCUUUUUGUGUCUGAUCCUGAGAGACUAGGAGCUGAGGCCUUUCUAUUCCAGAUCUUAUGCAAACCUGGAAGUGGGAUCCUCUCAGUUCUUGCUUGUAUGAAGUAAUUCCCUUCUCGUCAUUUGAUCCUCUUGGGCGUUUGCUAUGUGUGAAGGAUGAAGAUGGUUGUUUAGGGAGGAAAAUGUAAUGCUCUACUUAUUCCUCCGCCUUCUUACCCAAGUUUACUAAAGGGGGGAGGGGAGCCUGGUGGUUGCUCUGGCGCACCACAUUUUAAUUAUGCGCCCCUUUCCUGAUCUGUUCGCUUUAUACCACUCUGAGCUAGAUGGAUCAUUUCUUCCGAGAACAGUGGAAGAUGGUGUUAGAUUUGGACUCCUACAUGAGAUCAUUUAAGUGAUGAAUAUAACCUGUUCCUUUUUCCUGACAGUCUAGUUCACUACUGGCCAUUUUGAGGCAAAACCUUAAGUGCUACGCAAGGUGAACUUGAUGUGGCCAGCCCUCGGAAACUUGACUUCUGGACAGAACAGUUAUUUCCACUUUGCCUUGCAGGGGAAUAGUGUAUAUAGUAUAGCCUGCUAUUCUCCUGGAUACAUGAACAAAUGGCUAUCUACUGAACCAUGUACACCAAGGUACCUCAGGAUGGCGCUAGAACAAUUGUGGGGUGUUUUUUUUUCAGUUUCUGCUUUAACUAAUGGGUUUGCCAAGUAGGUUCUGACUUCCAUGUCUUCACAGAUUCAUAUCAACUUCACAGCCGCAAGCCUAUAUGCUAUGGGUAGACAAUGGGUUACUCUAGUCCAACAGCCUUCAUUGUAAGCCACUGUUAAUUCCUGUCUCUUGUUCCUAGUCUGCAACUUCUCUGAUAUGACAUGAUACCAUGACAGAGCAGGUGUUAGAAACCCCAGCCCUGUACUUGUUCGUAAUCAAAGCUGGGGGUACAUGCAUAUUCUCACUUUCUGGUUUUCAUUCACUGUUCCCACACUGUUGCAUGGUAUCAGUUUACCCAUGUACUUCUGUUCUCUGAUACUGACCUAAUUUCCCCUCUUUCAUCCUUCCAAUACAUGUAUCUAGUUUGAAACACCAGGGAGGAUGGGACGUGUCUUGUGCUACUCAGAUAUUAGUCACCAUAGUGCUAUGGAUUAUGACGGGCUUUAUUCUCUGGCUGGGAGGUGACAGCACAUAUGUUUUUGUGGCCGCCCAAUGAUAAGUCUCAAGGGAUGCCAUGCUAGUAAAAGAGUAGCAGAACAAUUAGUGAAGCUACAUAUUAGGUGUAGUUCUAUGUCAUGUCAAGGCUUCCUGCCCCCCCAUGCAGCACUGGGGCAGCUAUUCAAGGGGAAGUAAGAGGGCUUUUUUCACUCUGACCCUCAUUUCCUCAGCAUAGAUGGCUUAGGAAAAAAGCAACAUAAGUACACAUUUUUCUCUCACAAUGGUGAAGGGAUAAGCUAUUCAGCAGGAAAAAGAAAAUCCAGUCCUCUUUCCCUGAGAAAUAGCAGCCAGGGUGCCUACAAUUUGGGAAAGAGGAAAAGAAGUUUAAAAAAAAAAAGGCAGUAUGUUCAUAUGUUAUCACAAUCCUCCUGCUGCUGGGAAUUUGGUUCCUCGUCUCCCUAAGAGGUGAGCAGACCACAUCAUUAUGAUGCAUCAGAGACACAAACAUCCCCAAAUGUCAGUCCCACAGUGGCCCACUUGAGCUUGAACAGAGGGCCACGCUCCUUAUUUGAAGCAGAUGAGCAAGGCAGGAAUAGCCAGAGAAUUGUAGAGCUACUCAAUGUCACUAUCAACUGCAGAGAGCUGAGCUAGAGGACUCCCUUUCCUGAAGAGCGAGGGAGAGCUUUGUCUGACCUUAGAGGUUGUAACCCUGGAAAGAUGUCGCUUUCUCUAGCCUCCUAGGGCUCUGCUGUCGCCUUUUGCAUCGAUCAAGCACUGUCCCUUUGUCCUUGCGGUCAGCCCCUACCAGAGGCAUGCACAGAAGUUUACAGGUUUUUUUUCUAUAAGCUUUUGGAUAAUGUGAAGCUCUAGAUUACGCAGUUGCUCUUGAGCACACUGCAGCUAUGUAACUUUUUUGGUGUAUAUGUAAUAAAGAGUGAAGAGAAUUUCCAGGAGACAAAUGCUUAAAUACACACAGAAGCCAAAGCAUGAGGCAUAUUGUUAGUUUUGAGAUGGGCUACAUGAUUGUGAUGUAUAAAUUAAAAUCCUCUAUUUGUUAAAUGCUGGGGAGGGAUGGGGGGAAAGAAAUAUUACACAAAAAAAAUCAAUUUCUAGCCUUGAUUCUGUACAGUAUUUAAAACCGAUGGGACUGGCUAUUGGGCAAUGCUUAGAGAUGUGUUACUUUUGCAGCUGUGGAUGCUUGGUUGCUUACAAUAUCUGUAUAAAGUAAUUUGUGACUUUUUUUUUUUACUUGCAAACUUUGUUUGGCUUAUCAAGAUGUAGUAAUAAAGGAGAGAAAAUGGCUUGU